CAGAUUCGACUCCACCAUGAAGCUAUACACAUUCUGGGCACUUUCAGUGCUCUGCCUCUGCCUCUGCCUCGGCCUAGGGCAAGUGGCCAGCAGCAGCGAAAAGCUGGUCAACUGCUACUGGGGCACCUGGGCCAACUAUCGGCCGGGCGAUGGCAAGUUCACGCCCUCCGACAUCGAUCCCUUCCUGUGCACCCACAUCAGCUACACCUUCUUCGGUAUCGGCGAUGGCGGCGAGUUCAAGUCGCUGGACACCUGGCUGGACAUGGACGAUGGACUGGGCUUCAUCAGUCAGACGAUUGCCCUGAAGCAACGGAAUCCCAACCUGAAGAUCCUGGCCGUGGUGGGUGGCUGGAACGAGGGCUCCAUCAAGUACUCGGCUUUGGCCGCGGAUGCCGGCAAGCGUGCCACCUUCAUCUCCACCACAUUGGCGUUCAUCCAGCAGCACGGAUUCGACGGCUUGGACCUCGACUGGGAGUAUCCCGGACAGCGCGGCGGCAGCGAGGCAGAUCGCGUCAACUUUGUGACACUUCUCCGAGAGAUCAAGGAAACCUUCGAUCGGUAUGGCCUGGAGCUGGGCAUUGCUGUGGGCGCAUCCGAAAAGUCGGCGACCAUCUCCUACGAUAUUCCGGCCAUCUCCCAGCAUCUGACCUUCAUCAAUGUGAUGACCUACGACUUCCACAUGGCACUCGAUGGCUAUCUGGGCCUGAACGCACCCCUGCCGGAGGUGACCGAGUCCAUUGACUACUGGCUGGCCCAGGGUGCACCCGCCGAGAAGCUGAUCCUGGGCAUUGGCUUCUAUGGCCACAGCUACCAGAUGUCGGACGCCUCACAGAACUGGCCCGGCGCCGCUUGCAUUGGCCCUGGCACCGCUGGCGUGUACACGCGGGAGAAUGGCUUCAUGGGCUACCACGAGAUCUGCCUGAACAACUGGCAGACGGUGUUCGACCAGGAGACUGGUGCUCCGUACGCCUUCCAGGGCGACCAGUGGAUCGGCUACGAUAAUCCCGAGAGCAUCCAGUUGAAGAUGAAGCUGGUGGAGUCGCGCAACCUGGGCGGUGUCAUGAUGUGGUCCAUUGAGACGGACGACUUCCGCGGCCUCUGUGGCGAGUCUUAUCCCCUGCUGAAGACCAUCAACCGUGCUCUGGGCAAUGAGGUGAGCGGAGGAGGUGCUGGUGGUGGCAUUGUAACGCCUGCUCCCACACCUGGUCCAACUCAGGGCGGUGGCGGUGGCGGAGGUGGAUCCCCAGCUGGAGAUUGCUCCAACGAUGGCUAUUUCCUGCACAGCAGCGACUGCGCCAAAUACUACCAGUGUGUCGGUGGACUGCGGUAUGACUUUGAGUGUCCAUCGGGUCUCUAUUUCGAUGUAAUUACCACAACCUGCACUUGGCCGUCGCAGACCUCCUGCCCCUACUAAAAAUUAAAACACAAA